UGAGAGGAUGGUGCAUGGGUGCUGGUUUCUUUUGCCGCUUAUGUGGUGCGUGGCAGCGGCGACCGACCGAACGUCGCUGAUCGCCGACUGUGCGGACGGCACGCUGGCCGGCGCCCUCGCUCCGACCUUUCGCCGCGCCCAUAGCCACGCCUGCGCAACCCAAUUCGGUCUUCGUCCGGACGAGCUCAUGCUCCACGACAAUUUUACGACGGCCGAGAUUGAGGAGUAUGCCAAUUCGGUCGCGUGCAAAGCGUUUUACACCGAGGUCAUGGACGCACUGCGCGCGGUGUCGCCGGUUUGCGUCGUUCCGUCGCUGUCAUGGACGACCCAGGACAUUGCACAACUGACGUUUGCGGACAAGGUGGCCGCGCUUCGGCGCCAACCAGCUUCGUAA